GAAGAAGAGGAAGAGGAAGAAGCAGAAGUCGUCGUCGUCGUUUCCGUUUUGUCCAGCUGAUUUGUAGUCAUGCGUUUCCGUUUCUGUGGAGAUUUGGACUGCCCAGAUUGGGUUCUUGCUGAAAUUACCACAUUAGCCAAAAUAUCAAGUGUCAAAAUGAAAAUACUCUGUAUUCAAGUGAUGAAAGAUUUAUUGGGAGAAGGUAUUGAUUAUGACAAGAUUUCAAAGAUUACUGCAGAUGCAAAGUUUGAAAGUGGUGACAUCAAAGCUAGUGUGGCGGUGUUGAGCUUCAUCUUCUGCAGUGCAGCAAAGCAUGAUGUUGACAGUGAAUCUCUGUCCAGUGAGCUGCAACAACUCGGUCUCCCUAAAGAGCAUACGACAGGUCUGUGCAAAUCGUAUGAGGACAAACACGCUGCACUUCAAGACAAACUAAGAAAGAUGAGUCUCAGACUGGGGCGAUUAGAGGCGGUGUCCUGGCGGGUGGAUUACACCCUAAGCUCCAGUGAGCUGAAGGAGGUGAACGAGCCGGUGGUUCACCUUAAACUCCAGGCACAGGGUGCAGAAUCAGGCUCCACAGAGACGACAGUAGUUUCUGUUUCUGCAGACAAGUUCAGAGUUUUACUUUCAGAACUGAAACAAGCCCAUGCUAUGAUGAAUGCACUACAAUGACGAGUGAACGCUACCACACAUCUGGAUGUCUGAUCAAGAGAUGGACACAGACAAACCUGACAGCCAAUCAAACGUGCCACACUGACAUCCUGAAACAACAGACCUGUCAGAACAUUUUGUAUAAUCUUACAGUUUGUAUGAAUGGCUGUCAUGCUUUAUUAUGAUUGACUGAUUUGUAUUUGUACUAUGUACACAUUCUUAUUAUCUAAUCUGUUAAUUUACAGUCUGCCCAUU